AUGGCAGAGCCAUAUCUUAUGUGGGUGGGCGGCAAGGAGCAAGCCGGCAAGGCAGAGCUUAUACCCAUAGAAGACCCUGCGACGGGGGAGAUCUUCGCGCACUGCCACGCCGCCUCGACCGAAGACGUCGGGACGACCAUCGCCCUCGCGCACAAAGCCUACAAAUCAGGCAUCUGGUCCCGCGCGCCCCGGCACGUCCGCGCCGACGUCCUCGACGCCUGCGCCAGCCUGCUCACCGCAGCACUCCCCUCGCUCAUCGCGCUCGAAGUAACGCAAACAGGCCGCGCCGUGCGCGAGAUGCAGGCCCAGGUACCGUCCCUGACGAAGUGGUUCCGGUACUACGCGUCGGUCCUGCGCGUCGAGGAGCGGCCCGUGCUGCCGACGACGGGCAAGCUGCACAACUUUGUCGACCGCGCGCCGCUCGGCGUGGUCGUGCAGAUCACGCCGUUCAACCACCCGCUGCUGAUCGCGGUCAAGAAGCUGGCGCCCGCGCUGGCGGCCGGAAACUCGGUCGUCGUCAAGCCGAGCGAGCUGACGCCGCUGACGACGCUGAGGCUGGGCGCGCUGCUCAAGGAGGCCGGGGUGCCGGAUGGAGUCUGUAGUGUGCUGCCCGGGUACGGCGCGUCGACGGGCAGGGCUUUGGUGGAACACCCGCUUGUGAGGAAGGUGGAUGUCACGGGUGGUACGGUCGCCGGACGGGCGAUCGGGGCGAUUGUGGGAGGCAACCUGGCGAAAUACACGGCGGAGCUUGGUGGUAAGGCGCCGCUGGUCGUGUUUGCCGGCGCGGACGUACAGUUGGCGGUCAACGGUAUCGCGUUUGGCAGUUUCGUCGCAAGCGGACAGACGUGCAUCGCGAGCACGCGGAUUAUCGUGGACAGCAAGAUCUUGCCCGAAGUACUGGACAAGCUGAAGGCAAAGACGGAGUCCAUUGCCAGACGCAUGGGCGCGCCGAAUAACCCGGACUCAAUGAUGGGGCCGCUGAUCUCGGCGAGGCAGCUGGGGAAUGUCGAGACGCUGGUCGAUGAGGCUUUGGCCAGUGGACGUGCCCAGGCGGUGGCUGGUGGGAAGAGGAUGAAGGGCACAAGUCCGCUUGAUGGGAUCGAUUUUUCUAAGGGCUACUUCUUUGAGCCAACAGUCUUGGUCUUUAGCGACGGUGAUAGCAUCCAGAAGACGCGCAUCUGGCGAGAAGAGGCCUUUGGACCGGUCAUAGUCGUGGUCGGUUUCGACACCGAAGAGCAGGCCAUCGCGCUGGCGAACGACAGCGAGUUUGGGCUUGGGGCGGGAAUAUGGACCCAGAACCUGGCGCAGGCGUUCCGUGUCUCCGAGCAGAUCGAGGCGGGUAUAACGUGGGUGAACACACAUCAUCGCAACGACCCGAGCAGUCCGUGGGGCGGCGCGAAGUCCUCAAGCGGUGUUGGGAGCGAGAACGGUAUAGAUGCGUAUCAUGCUUACACGACCACCAAGAGUACCAUCAUCAGCUACGCGUCGACGGAGGAGGCCCUGGCAUCGGAUGAUUGGUUCAGGGAGGGUGCAGGCAACGUGAGAUAUGGGUAG